AUGAAGUCCCUCCCGAUCACUGCCGGUGUCACUCAGCUGCUUCUCGGCCUGCUGCAGCCUGCUCUUGCGGCCCCGAGCCAUGGACCUCCGAAGCUGGGCGCCGUCGCUUCCGAGACCGAUAUUUGCAGUGAGAUUGGUACGGAUCUGCUGAAGAAGGGCGGAAAUGCGGCCGAUGCCAUGGUCGGCACCGUCUUCUGCGUGGGCACCGUCGGCAUGUACCACAGCGGCAUUGCUGGAGGUGGCUUCAUGCUCGUCAGGUCCAGCAACGGAACGUACGAGUUUAUCGACUUUCGAGAGACUGCCCCCGCAGCCGCGUUCGAGGACAUGUACGCCAACAACACGGCCGCGAGUAUGUACGGCGGUCUGGCAAGUGGUGUCCCGGGUGAGCUUCGCGGCAUGGAGUACUUGCACAAGAAGUAUGGCCGUCUCCCGUGGGCCGAUCUCGUCGCUCCGUCAAUCAAGAUCGCCCGCUUCGGCUUCAGGGUCAACGAGGACCUCGUCAAAUACAUGAACUCUGUUACUCCGAACGGCAACUUCCUGACCGAUGAUCCUUCUUGGGCCAUUGACUUUGCGCCCCACGGCUACAGAGUUAGGCUGAACGAGACGAUGACCCGCAAGCGAUACGCCGACACUCUCGAAACGAUUGCCAACGAAGGUGCCGACGCCUUCUACACCGGUGCCAUCGCCAACGCGACGAUUGCCGCUCUUCAGAAGUCCAACGGCACGAUGACACUUGAAGAUUUUAAGAACUACACAGUUGCCAUCAGAGAGCCGGCGCAUAUCACGUACAGGGGACACAAGCUCACUGCCUGCAAUGCGCCUUCCGGUGGCAUCGUGGCCCUCAGCGCUCUGAACGCUGUCAGCGGCUACGAGGACUUCGGAGAUCCUGCUGCUCGUAACCUUACGGUUCACAGGCUCGACGAGGCCAUUCGCUUCGCCUAUGGCCAGCGUUCGAAGCUCGGCGACCCGCUCUUCGUCGACGGUCUGCCCGAGUACACCAAGAACAUGAUCUCCGCCGAGACUGGUGCUGAGAUCCGCUCUAAGAUCUCCGACUUCCGCACACAGAAUGUCUCCUGGUACAACCCUGAGGGUCUUGAAUCGCUUGAGACGCCUGGAACGUCCCACAUUGCUACCGCCGAUGCUAGCGGUCUGGCCAUCUCCCUUACUACUACGGUCAACCUACUUUUCGGAUCCCAAGUUAUGGUUCCCGAGACCGGUGUCAUCAUGAACAACGAGAUGAAUGACUUCUCCAUUCCUGGCUCUAGCAACGCCUUCGGUUACGUUCCAAGCCCAGCCAACUACAUCCGACCCGGCAAGCGGCCUCUGUCAUCAAUUUCACCAAUCAUUGUGGAGAAGCCCGACGGAAAGCUGUACUUCGUCAUUGGCGCUGCUGGUGGAAGUCGUAUUAUUACUUCAACCAUUCAGAACGUACACAAUGUCCUCGACAGGAACUUGACUGCGCCCGAGGCACUGGCCGAGCCCCGUCUCCAUGACCAGCUCAGUCCAAACAUCAUCAACGUCGAGUAUGCUUACGACAACAGCACCAUCAGAUACCUCCAGUCACUGGGUCACAAUGUCACUUGGGUUGCGCCUGGUAGUAGCUCGGCGCAAGGCGUGCGGUUGCUGUCGAACGGUACCUUUGAAGCAGCUGGUGAGCCUAGACAGAAGAACUCUGGUGGUUACGCUGUUUAG